GAGCUACGCUGGACCGAAUGGAUCCGCCUCUAUCCGGAUCCAUUGAAAUAUUGCGCAGUGGGGUCAGCAUUUUGCUCCUGUCCGUUAUCUCUGGUGUUUGAGCUGAACAGGAGAGUCGACCAUGCCUGGACUUCUGUUGGGAGACGAAAUUCCAAAUUUCGAGGCUGACACCAGCAUCGGCAGGAUCAAGUUUCACGACUUCCUGGGCAACUCAUGGGGUAUCCUGUUCUCCCACCCGAGGGACUUUACUCCUGUAUGCACCACUGAGCUCGCCCGUGCUGCCAAGAUCAGCAAUGAGUUCAAGAAACGAGGCGUAAAGAUGANACUAACAACCAUUUCAAAGCUGACUGUAUCUCUUGUCUCUGAACAGGAUGUGAUGGCUGUUAGCAAAAACGCUGAUACUGACCUGCCUUUCCCUAUCAUCGCUGAUGACAAGAGGGAGCUGUCAGUCCUGAUGGGUAUGCUGGACCCAGAUGAGAAAGACAAAGAUGGCAUGCCCCUCACUGCUCGCUGUGUGUUUGUGAUCGGCCCUGACAAGAAGCUGAAGUUGUCCAUCCUAUACCCUGCAACUACAGGAAGAAACUUUGAUGAGCUGCUCAGAGUUAUUGACUCUCUGCAGCUGACUGCACAGAAGAAGGUUGCCACACCGGUUGACUGGAAGCCCGGUGACAAAGUCAUGGUCAUUCCCUCGCUCUCAGAUGCUGAAGCUGCGUCUCUGUUUCCUAAUGGUGUGACAACUGAAGAAGUGCCUUCUGGAAAGAAAUACCUGCGAUACACCCACAUCUGAAAGCACAUUACUCUUUAACCUGGAAAUCUUUGGUUAAUAAUUCACAUAAAUCGGUGCACGUACCCAGUUAGGUGACUUGUAUUUUCAGUCAUGCAACAUUUCCAACACUGAAGCAGAAAUACCUUGUUUAUCCCCAAAUAAACACAUUUUUCACAUUUGUUCUGUGCUUUCUGAGCCUUUCCCUUUGUGUACAAUUUUUCAACAGUUUUAAACAAGGUCCUGAUGUGUAAUUUGCCACUAGGUGUCCUCCUACAACCUGGCAUGGAAAUAUUACCAUGCUACCUUUGCUGCAGUAGUGCUUUCUGUCAGUAGGUGGCAGUAUGUGUUAAAUUGAAUCCUCGCUGAGCUAUUGGCGAAAGAACCAACUUGUUCUCAACAACUGCAGUGAUAGGGAGUGGUACCACAUGUAAUGAAAUGACUACUUGUAUUUUCACACAUUAAAAAGAUGAUAGAGGACACAUUGGUAGUAAAGGUGAUCUCUACUUUCA